ACAUACAUUACCUAGCUUUCAUUGCCAAGAGUUACUGAGACGAAGUCAACAGUUAAAUUCAACAUUUUUCUCCAAGGUUUUGGUCAAGUAAAAAGACCCCCAGUAAGAAGAAAUGUGACAACCUUUAACGGACAGUGAUUAAUGCGACAAUUCUAUUACAAGAAAGAUGAAAUUGUGAAGAACGAUAGAAAUAAGAGUUGAAUAACUUUGUGAUAGAGAAAGGUAUUUACUUCCGUAUUCAAUAACUUGAACUUGGGUGACACCAAGAUAGACAAAAACAAGGAGAGAAUUGACGUUUACAAAAAGAAAGAAAGGCAUACUGAAGUAUGUUUAACCUUGGCUGUUAAGAGAGGGUUUAAACUUAGUUUUUAGAUGAUGGAGAACUGGACGUUCAUUGAAAAAAAAGCAGAAAUAACAAAAACCAAGGAAGAGAUGGCAGAAACCAUGGAAGGGAAGACAAAGACGAGGUUAACAGGAACGUCAAUCGUUGGAAAGGAAAAAGAGAUGAUCAAAAUUAAGGAAGAAAUGAAAGAGAUAAUGUUAUCAGAAAUGUCAUCCAGGGAAAAGAGGGUAAUGCUGAACAAAUUAUACCAUGCAAUAAUGUACAGUUAUUUACAAGAAUAUAUGCAAUAUCUUAUGUGCAAGCAAGAUUAUAUAGACAUCAUGUUAGAAAAAGGAGAAGAAGUGAUGUCACAAGAGGAAAUCGAUGCACGGAAGCAGAUGAUAAUGAAGGAGAAAACUUUCCUUGAUGAAGAGGAAAAGAUGUUCAAAAUUGAAAAAGAAAUGUAUGAAGAAAUGACGACAAGUACAAGAGAGCCAGAAAAUCUCGAAAAACUCGAAUUGCUUAAUAUUUUCAUAGACAUGAACAGCUUCGAACAAUGCUUGACAGACCUGGAGUUAAAUGAAAAAAAAAUCCAAUCAGAGAAAGACGUGUCACAUGAAGUACGAAAGAAAUUGAAAGAAAUGGUUAAAUCGAGAAAAUAUGACUUACAAGGCGAGAUGGAAGUACGGCCUAGGCGAUAUUUCCGAUUGGAGACAGAUAUGGAUGAUUUCAGACAUGACAUGAAAAAUUUACUUCAAGAAAAAAAUGAAGGAAAAUUUAAGUCAUAUGAAUUGGAAAAGAAGAUAAAACAGAUGAAGAUUGAUCUUAUUGAUGAAGAAAUGGAGAUAAGUCGCGAUAUCUACUAUAAAGAAAUGAGGAUAAGAGACGAUAUCUACUAUGAAGAGCGCGAGUUUUACAAAUUGAAUGAGUUUGGUCUGAAACGCGAUUUAAGGAGACUGGAGAAGGAUAUGAUAUGUGAGGAAUUCAAUAUAAGGACAUUAAGAAUAAAACACAAAAAAGAAGACGACUUAUCAACAUGGGAAUUUCGGAUAGUCAAAGAAGAUACAAAUGUACGUUUGCAAAAAUGUUACGUUGAUGUCAAUAAUGUCAUCAUUGACAUAGAUGAAAAUUUUAAAUCGUUUCAACCAGAAAAAAAAGUAAAGCUGGAGUCAAAAGGUUUGAUUGAGCAAGAAGCAACAAUAUUUGAUAGAGAUUCAAGAAAAAAAUUACGACAAGAAUGGAAAUUAUCAAAGGAACUUUAUGAUCAGGAAUGGCGCAUAAAUAACCUAGAAAGCGACAACAAAGAAAUGAUAAAGGAAGGAAUAAAAGAAGUGGACAAAACGAGAAAAAUGCAUUUUACUAACGUGUUGUUUGAAGGAUAUUCUAAUCUCAAAGAAGUUGAAUUAAAGAUAACAAAAAGUAUUCUUGAAUCUCAACUGAAUAAAUUGAAACAUGGGAAAGACGAACCAAUGUCAAAAGAUGAACAAUUAAAAUUACAACAAGACAUAAACGAAUUUAAUUUAAUUGAAAAAUUAAGAGAUCACAAGAAAGAAAUGAAACAUUUAGAACGUCGAUCAAAAUGGUCACCGUCAACGGAAAAAGAAUGCAAAUGCCGGGCAAUUCACGAGGAAGGUUUAGCAAUGAGAAUAUGCCAAGAAAUCUUUCAAUCAAAAUACAGAGAAUUGAAGGUGACGGAAUCAUUGUUACAAGAUCAACAGUUUAAAGAUGUCAGGAAUAAGGAAACAGAACGUGAGAUGAAUGAAUUGGAGUUGAUGAUUAAUCAAAAUGAUUUAAAAAAAGAAAUAAAAGAUCUGGAGGUAAAACUUGAAAAGAUAAAAGAACAAAGAGAAGAAGACAUGGAGUCGAACGAGGAAGAGAAAGAGUUACAAAAAAAAGGUUAUGAUUUGAAAAAAAUAAACAUUGAUAUUAUAGAAUUUUGGCGAAAGAAAACAAGUUUGAAAGCUGAGAAAAAAGAAACGAAUGCAGAAGAUAAAAAUACGCUGGAAAAUGUGAUGAAAAUUUUCUUCACAGAAAUGAAAUUGAAAAUGUACAUGGAAGCACUGCGAUCAAAACAAGAAGAAAUAGAAAUGAAACAAGAGAAAGAUGAACAACUGUCAGAAGAGAAAAUGAGAAUACAACAAGAAAUAAAAGAAUUGGAUGUGAUGAUCUUACUGAAUAAUUUAAACGAACAUAUAGCAGACGUAGAAAUGAGUAAAGAAUUGAUGUUGAAAGCGGAGAAAACAGAAGACAGUUUAACUUCAGAAGAAAAGAUGUUAAGAAAAAUACAGAAAAAUAAACUGAAGGAAAUGAACAUAAGAAUGAAGAAACUCAUCAUCCAGUAUGAAGAAAGACAGUUAUUAUGGAAAAUAGAGAAAGGUGAAAUGACGACAGAUCACGUUGACAAGUUGAAGAAAACGUGUAAGACUAAGUUGCAGUGGUUGGAAGAGACAACGAAAGCUGAUCAAUAUUCAAUGAUAACAAAAUUACGACAUGAAUGGAAUUUAUUGAAGAAACUUUAUAUUCAGGAAAGAGGCAUCGCUAACUAUGACAUAAACCAAGAAAUAUUUAUAAAGAAUUUGAAUGACGAAUUGUUUGAAAAAUAUUACGGCCUAAAACAAAUCGAAUUAAGGAUGACUGAAAAUAUUCUUGAGUCUCAAUUAAAGGAAUUGAAACAAAAGACAGACGAAAAAAUAUCAAAAGAUAAACAAUCAAGACAACAACAAGAGAUGAACGAGUUUAAGUUACUGAAAAAAAUUAGAGCUCAUGAAAAAGAAAUAGCAAAGCUUGAACAUAUAGCAAACAGGGGAGGAUACUUAGGAAAAAUGUACAAAUAUAAAGCAACUCGGGAGGAAGGAUUAGCUUUGAGAGUAUGUCAAGAAAUUUUCCGAUUGAAAUACAGUAAAUCAAAUUCAUCAGAAGAAAAAGAAAAACCAUCAUUACAAGAUGAAGAAUUAAUGAUUGAAGGACUGACAAAAACGUCCAUUUCAGUAUCGGAGAAAAUCUCAGAGGUUAGGAAACAGGAAACAGAGCAAGAGAUAAAAGAAUUAGACUUGAUGGUAAAACAAAAUGAUUUGAAAGAAGACAUGGAACAACUAGAGUGGAAACUUGAAGGAAUAAAACAGAGACGAGAGAGAGAACAAAAGGUGCCGGAUGAUGAAGAGAAAAAAUUAGAAAGAAAUUUGCAAAAGAAGAGUUAUGACGUAACGACUCUGAACAUUGAUAAUCUUGAAUUUUGGCGUGAGAAAACAAGUUUAAAGGAUCGCCAAGGAAAAGAAGGAAAAAUUGCAGACGAAAAUAUCCUGGAAAAUAAUACAAAUUUUUUUUUGAAAAAAAUGAAAUUGAAAAUGUACAUGGAAGCACUUCGAUCAAAACAAGAACAAUUGGAAUCAAAACAAGAGAAAGAUGGACAGCAGUCAGAUGAGAAAACGAGAAUACAACAAGAAAUAAAAGAACUGGGUGCGAUGAUCUUACUGAAUAAUUUAAACGAACAUAUAGCAGACAUAGAAAUGAGUGAAAAAUCGAUGAUGAAACGGGAGAAAGAAGAUUUCAGUUUAACAUCGGGAGAAAAGAUGUUACGAAGAAAACAGGAAAAAGAACUGAAGAAAAUGAACAUAACAAUGAAUAAACUCAUCAUUCGAUAUCGAGAAAAACAGUUGUUACGGAUAACAGAGAAAGGUGAAAUGACAACAGAUCAAGUGGAAAGAUUGAAGGAAACGUUAACAAUACUAAAACGCAAGUCCGAUUGGUUUCAACAAGAAACGAUUAAAUAUGAUGAAGUUUUAAAGGGGAAAAGACUGCAACAUGAAUCAUUGAAACAUAUCAAAACACAGCCAAAGAGUAUCAAACUUAAGGAAGGAAUAAAAGAGACGAUGUUAUCAGAAAUGUCAUCCAGGGAAAAGAGGGUAAUGCUGAACAAAUUUUACCAUGCAAUAAUGCGCAGUUAUUUACAAGAAUAUAUGAAAUACCUUAUGUGCAAGCAAGAUUAUAUAGACAUCAUGUUAGAAAAAGGAGAAGAAGUGAUGUCACAAGAGGAAAUCGCUGCACGGAAGCAAAUGAUAAUGAAGGAGAAAACUUUCUUGGAUGAGGAGGAAAAGAUGUUCAAAAUUGAAAAAGAAAUGUAUGAAGAAAUGACGACAAGUACAAGAGAGCCAGAAAAUCUCGAAAACUCGAAUUUGAAAAAAAUCCAAACAGAGAAAGACGUGUCACAAGAAGAACGCAAGAAAUGGAAAGAAAUGGUUAAAUCGAGAAAAUAUGACUUACAAGGCGAGAUGGAAGAACAGCCUAGGCGAUAUUACCUAUUUGUGACAGAUAUACAUAAUUUCAGACAUGACAUGGCAAAUUUACUUCAAGAAAAAAAUGAAGGAAAACUUAAGUCAUAUGAAUUGGAAAAGAAGAUAAAACAGAUGAAGAUUGAUCUUAUUGAUAAAGAAAUGAGGAUAAGUGACGAUAUCUACUAUGAAGAGCGCGAUUUUUACAAAUUGAAUAAGUUUGGUCUGAAACGCGAUUUAAGGAGAUUGGAGCAGGAUAUGAUAUGUGACGAAUUCAAUAUAAAGACGUUGAGAAUAAAACACGAAAAAGAAGACGACAUGUUAAUAUGGAAAUUUUGGACUGUCGAAGAAGAUACAAAUGUACGUUUACAACAAUGCUACAAUGACUUCAAUAAUGUCAUCAUUGACAUAGAUGAAAAUUUUAAAUCAUUUCGACCAGAAAUAAAAGUAAAACUGGAGUCGGAAGAUUUGAUUGAACAAAAAGAAACAAUAUUUGAUAAAGAUUCAAGAACAAAAUUACAACACGAUCGGAAAUUAUUAAAGGAACUUUAUCAUCAGGAAAGAAACAUAAGUUGCCUUGAAAGAGCAAACGAAGAAAUGAUGAAGAAAAGAAUAGAAGAAGUGAAGGAAAACAAAGAAAUGCAUUUUACUGAUGAGUUGUUUGAACGAAAUUUUAAUCUCAAAGACGUUGAAUUAAAGAUUACAAAAAAUAUUCUUGAAUCUCAACUGAAUAAAUUGAAACAUGGGAAAGACGAACCAAUGUCAAAACAUGAACAAUUAAGAUUACAACAAGACAUAAACGAAUUUAAUUUAAUUGAAAAAUUAAGAGAUCACGAAAAUAAAACCAAAAGAUUAGAACGUCGAUCAAAAUUGUUACCGUUAACGGAAAAAGAAUGCAAAUCGCUGGCAACUCACGAGGAAGGUUUAGCAAUGAGAAUAUGCAAAGAAAUCUUUCAAUCAAAAUACAAAGAAUUGAAGUUGACGGAAUCAUUGUUACAAGAUCAACAAAUGAAAGAUGUCAGGAAUCAGAAAACAGAACAUGAGAUGAAUGAAUUGGAGUUGAUGAUUAAUCAAAAUGAUUUGAAAAAAGAAAUAAAAGAUCUGGAGAAAAAACUUGAAAAGAUAAAAGAACGAAGAGAAGGAGACAUGGAGUCGAACGAGGAAGCGAAAGAGUUACAAAAUAUUGUUCAAAAAAAAGGUUAUGCCUUGAAGAAAAUGAACAUUGAUAUCAUAGAAUUUUGGCAAAAGAAAACAAGUUUGAAAUAUGAGAAAAAAGAAACGACCACAGAAGAUGAAAACAUGCUGGAAAAUGUGAUGAAAAUUUUCUUCACAGAAAUGAAAUUGAAAAUGUACAUGGAAGCACUGCGAUCAAAACAAGAAGAAAUGGAAAUAAAACAAGAGAAAGAUGAACAACAGUCAGAAGAGAAAAUGAGAAUACAACAAGAAAUAAAAGAAUUAGAUGUGAUGAUCUUACUGAAUAAUUUAAACAAACAUACAGCAGACGUAGAAAUAAGUGAAGAAUUGAUGUUGAAACAGGAGAACACAGAAGACAGUUUAACUUCAGAAGAAAAGAUGUUAAGAAAAAUACAGAAAAAUAAACUGAAGGAAAUGAACAUAAGAAUGAAGAAACUCAUCAUUCAGUACGAAGAAAGACAGUUAUUAUGGAAAAUAGAGAAAGGUGAAAUGACGACAGAUCACGUUGACAAAUUGAAGAAAACGUUAUCGACAUGUAAGACAAAGUUGCAGUGGCUGGAAGAGACAACGAAAGCUGAUCAAUAUUCAAUGAUAACAAAAUUGCAACAUGAAUGGAAUUUAUUGAAGAAACUUUAUAUUCAGGAACGAGGCAGCACUAAGUAUGACGUAAACCAAAAAACAAAAACAAUAAAUUUAAUUAAUUUGAAUGAAGACAUCUUUGAAAAAUAUUAUGGCCUAAAAGAAACUGAAUUAAGGAUGACUGAAAAUAUUCUUGAAUCUCAAUUAAAGGAAUUGAAACAAAAGACAGACGAAAAAAUGUCAAAAGAUAAACAAUCAAGACAACAAGAAGAGAUGAACGAAUUUAAGUUACUGAAAAAAUUUAGAGCUCAUGAAAAACAAAUAGCAGGCUUUGAACAUAAAGUAAACUGGAGAGGAAAAGAGUACAAAUAUAAAGCAACUCGGGAGGAAGGAUUAGCUUUGAGAGUAUGUCAAGAAAUUUUCCGAUUGAAAUACAGUAAAUCAAAUUCAUCAGAAGAGAAAACCAUCAUUACAAGAGAAUUUAAAGAAAUAUGGAACAACGAGUGGAAACUUGAAGGAAUAAAACAGAAACGAGAGAGAGAACAAAAGGUGCCGGAUGAUGAAGAGAAAAAAUUAGAAAGAAAUUUGCAAAAGAAGAGUUAUGACGUAACGAUUCUGAACAUUGAUAAUCUUGAAUUUUGGCGUGAGAAAACAAGUUUAAAAGAUGGCAAAGGAAAAGAAGGAAAAAUUGCAGACGAAAAUAUGCUGGAAAAUAAUACAAAUUUUUUUUUGAAAAAAAUGAAAUUGAAAAUGUACAUGGAAGCACUUCGAUCAAAACAAGAACAAUUGGAAUCAAAACAAGAACAAUUGGAAUCAAAACAAGAGAAAGAUGGACAGCAGUCAGAUGAGAAAACGAGAAUACAACAAGAAAUAAAAGAAUUGGAUGUGAUGAUCUUACUGAAUAAUUUAAACGAACAUAUAGCAGACGUAGAAAUGAGUGAAAAAUUGAUGUUGAAACGGGAGAAAGAAGAUUUCAGUUUAACAUCGGGAGAAAAGAUGUUACGAAAAGAACAGGAAAAAGAACUGAAGAAACUGAACAUAAAAAUGAACAAACUCAUCAUUCAGCAUCGAGAAAAACAGUUGUUGCAGAUAAUAGAGAAAGGUGAAACGACAACACAUCAAGUGGAAAGAUUGAAGGAAACGUUAACAAUACUAAAACGCAAGUUCGAUUGGUUUGAACAAGAAACGAUGAAAUAUGAUGAAGAUUCGAGGAGAAAAAUAUUGCGAAAGGAAACGUUAACAAUACUAAAACGCAAGUUCGAUUGGCUUGAACAACAACCGAUGAAUAAUGAUGAAGAUUCAAGGAGAAAAAAAUCGCGACAAGAACCAACGGAAAGUAAACCCCAAUCAGCGACAACCGCACGGCAAAUGUCUGAACUUGGUGAAAAGGACGAAGUGUCAUCUCAAGUGAUAAUUGUCACAGGAGGAAGUUAUGUGGAACAAGAUCCUGAAAACCCAGAAAGCCUUGCACGAAGUAGUAACUCUGUGGAAAUGUAUAACCCAAAUAUUAACAGCUGGGCUGAGUUACCAUCAAUGAACAUUGGACGAGCUUUUCAUUCCUCUGUUGUUUUGGACAACACCAUUUAUGUCAGUGGUGGUGAUGUAGGUAAUGACUACACGGACACUAUUGAAUAUCUUAAUGUAAAUGAUAUUCCUUUGAUUUGGCGAAUAUCUAAAGCAACAUUACCUUGUAAACUUUCCGGCCAUCAAACCCUAAUUUACAAUAGGAACUUAGUAGUCAUAGGUGGACAAGAUGGCUCAAUUCAAGCUACAAAUCAAAUCUACGAAGUUUCCUUGUCACCACCGUAUACCGGCCGGCCAUUGUGUACAAUGCCAAACCCAAGGUAGGACAUGGCGCUGUGUUGGUUCAUGAGAAAAUUUUUAUUUUUGGUGGAGCUAUAAGUGCAACGAAGCCCUGUACAAAUGACGUCUAUGUAUACAACACUUCUACAGAGGAAUGCCAUGAAAUAACAAAUUUGUCAGUACAAAUUCCAAUUCGUCAUAUUGACAGAGAACCUUAUAAAGUUCAAAUGAUGGCAACUGUCUUCGUUAAAGAUCACGUGAUUUUGUUAGGAGGUGUUAACGAUAAGAAGAAGAGUUGAAUAAAGUUGUAAAAUUUAAUCCUGAAACAAAUGCAACGGAAUUGUUACAAGAACUUGCUAUGAGAGAGAGACGAGGAACUUGUUUGGCUGUUAAUACCCCAAACGAUUUCUUGGUUGCUCUGGGAAGUUUACGACAUGAAAUAAAAUCAGUUGAAAACUUCAAUUUCCAUCAAAACACCUGGCAGAUCUACCAUCAACGAUAAAAGGAAGAGUUGCCUCGUCAGCGGUCAUUGCUUGCGUGACCGAAGAUUGUUUGAACGCGUAUAGUUCACAUCAAGGAUGUCCUUAAACACUUUGAAGUUUUAAAAUGCACAAAUGUUGUAGACAAUAGAUAUUUUGCAUCCUCCUCACAAUCAUAGACAUAAGAAACAAACAUUAGUGAUGGCAAGUUGUAAAGAAGUUUGCUUUGAUUGACCAUUAACAUUUUUGCCGGUCCAAUAUUUUCCCGAUAUAUAUUAAGUUGAGGUCGAUAUUAAAUUUUAAUGCACAUCCUGAACAAUUAUAGUGAGGAACUGGAGAUUAUUAUCAUAAAAUCCAGAUGAUCCUGUUUAAAGACAAUUGAUAGAAGUCUUGUUGUAUUAAAAUGUCUUUACAAAUGAUAAAAAUCGGGACAAUUCAAUGGACUUUUAAAAACACAUUUUGCUAAACUGAUUAUACUCAACAAUUGAUGAAAAAUUGUCUUAAAUUAUUCAUAAAUAAUCUCAAAAGAGAUUGCAAAUCUUCAUUAUUACAUAAAUUACCAAUCUACAAUAAUAAAAUUUUUCUCAACUAAA